AUGCUCUUCUAUUUGGAUAUUCUGAUAAUAUUACCAUUAAACUGUUUCGCUAUUACCUACAUCGAGAAUUCUAUCUUAGGUGUACCAAAGGUAUCAUGCGAAGAAAGUGAUUUAUCAUUGGAUGUGAUAACAGCGCAACCAUUUCAUGGUAAUAUAUUUGUUAAAGGACGAGCAAAAGAUUCCUCAUGCAAGCAAUCAUAUAAUUAUAAUAGUUCUAAUUCAUAUACAUUAUCACUUGGUGAAUGUGGCAUGCAACGUUUGCGCUCAAUUAAUCCACGUGGGAUUAAUUUUAUUGUAACAGUAAUCGUUUCAUUUCAUCCAGCUGGUUUCAUCACUAAAAAUGAUCGAGCAUUUCAUGUAAAAUGCUUUUAUCUGGAACCGGACACGAUUGUUACAUCAGCUCUUAACAUCAGUCCAUUGGUGACUACAGAAUUACGAGAUAGUUUGAAGUUACCAACGUGUGAGUACACCGUACGACGUGAUGGUAUUAAUGGGCCACAACUUACAUUUGCAAAUGUUGGUGAAACGGUAUUCCAUGUUUGGGUAUGUGAUGGCGUUGGUAUGGGAAUGCUUGUUAAAAAAUGUUUUGUAACGGAUGGCGAAAGCACUGAUCAUUCUGUUUUAGAUUCUGAUGGCUGUUCAUUAGAUAAUUUUUUGUUGGGUGAGCUAGUAUAUGAUUCAUCGCUAAUGAAAGCAUAUGCUCAAAGUCAAGUAUUCAAAUAUGCUGAUAGUAAUCGAUUAUUUUUCACCUGUCAAAUUCAAUUAUGUCAAAAAGCGAUGGGUUAUUGUGAUGGAAUUUCGCCACCAAAAUGUUCGGACGAAGCAGCUGCUACAGAAAAGCGCAAUCGUCGUUCAAUUUCUCACCCGAAACCGCCAUCUAAUACGGUUGGUCAAUCAGAUAGUGGCAUUCUUGAAAUGGAUGUUACUUCGUCCGAAAUGCUUAUUGGUGGAAUUGAUGAUAUGCUAAUUGAAACACCUUCUUCGUGCUAUUCACCAUUUCUUGUUGCGCUCUCCAAUUUUGUUCUUUUCACUUUAGCUACAAUUCUUUUGGCUAUUGUUAUAGCAAUGAAAAAAGAAUCGCGGAAAACAUUCAUUUGUACAAUAUAUUUUUAUUAG